UUUACUUGUUGAAUGACAUCAGAUAAAAGAGUAGAGUUUUUUGUUGUUGUUUUUGUUUGCUUUUUUGUGCAAGUCUUUACGUUCUCUGACAUACUGUUGCUUCGUUUUUUUAUACCUUUGUGACAAUUUCCCCUGGUUCCGUCUUCUUGGAAAAUGAGGGACCGAACCAAAGAACUAGGAAACAAUGCCGAGUGCUCAGACGAGGAUGAGGAGGGUAGGGCACUGAUGAUCAAGCCUGGAGCUUCCUCACCCAAAGAAGAGAAGGACAAUGAAACAUUUUUCAGAAAAGUGCAGGAAAUUCAUGAGGGACUGGAAAAUCUCAAAAGAAAGGUGUCAGACCUUGAGAACAAACAGAAAACUGUGCUGGGUGUCGCACUACCAGAGGAUAAUAUGAAGAAGGAGCUUCAGACAUUUCGAGAGGAGAUCAAAACUAUAGCAAAUCAAAUCCAGAAGAAACUGAAAGCCAUUGAACCCAAGAAGGGAGAUGAUGAGGGCAAAUACAUACCCAUAAUCGUGAGGAUGCAGCGGACACAGCAUGGAGUCUUGUCCAGAGAGUUUGUGGAGUUAAUGGGUCACUGCAACACCAUCCAGGCUCAGUACAGAGAUCGUAAUGUGGAGAGGAUACAGAGGCAACUCAAAAUCACUGGCUCCAAUGUAACCGAUGAAGAGUUGGACGUAAUGCUUGAAAGUGGACAUACAGAUGUGUUCACGCAAAAUAUUUUGAUUGAUGCUAAAGCCACCAAGCAGGCGCUGAAUGAGAUUGAGUCACGGCAUGACGAGAUCCUGAAACUAGAGAAGAGCAUCAAGGACCUGCAUGAAAUGUUCCUUUACCUGGCUAUGGAGGUGGAGGCACAGGGAGAGAUGGUCGAUCGUAUUGAAGCAAACAUCGUACAGUCUUCUGACUAUGUGGUGAAGGCAAGGGCAGACACAGAGAAGGCCGUCACCUAUCAGCAGAAAGCACGCAAGAAAAAAAUUUGGAUUGCAGUAUGUCUUGCCAUCCUCCUCCUUAUUGUAGUCGUCUCGUUGAUCGCCACCUUCAGCAGCUGAGACUCACUGAUGUGAGUGGCUCUCAGUGGGGAUGACAGAUGCACAUUAUGGGCCCAGAAUCGUCUUUCAUGUAAAAAGUAACAAUGCAUACAACCCCACAAGGUGUAGUUAAAUUGAAUCAAUAGAUGUUACAAUUCAUUGUUGUCUUCCCUUUGCCUGUUUCAUCUUGCAGCAUUGCCCCCUCUAAUCCCACCCCCUGUCCGGCUGUUGGACAUUUUUUAAAGAGAUGGCCUCUCUGUCUGUUCUGACUUUUAUAACUAACACCUGCUCACAGACCAGCAUAUAGUGAUGCACACACACAUAAACAACUGCAAUCUCGACCAUGCUUGUUAAGAGGUAACACUGCUGAACAUCAUGGAUUCUGUCAGAUCCUGGUCUUCAGCUGCACUGUAAGAUCGAAAGGCUUUGUGAGUUGUGUCAAUUUGUGACUAUAUUUUGCUGUAACCCAUGCAAGUGUCUAUGAGUGACAAAGAAUGCAGUAUUGGAAACUGACACUGAACUGGCGCUGAUCAUACUGUACUCAGGAAAACUGCUUAAUUCUUAGUACAUUGUUUAUAAAUGAAUUGCAGAAGUUAACGUUAUAGAGUAGGGCUUUUUUAAACAUAGACUAAUAUAAUUGUACAUUGUCAAUAUAUUUUGAGUAAUUAAGGCAUAUUCUAAGCAAUUUGAUUAAAAACUUGAACUAUAUGAACUGCAUUGUGUAAGCAAUGUAAAUGGAGGAACUUGUGUGAUAUUAAUGGCCUCUGAAAUUAUAACUUUUUUUUUAAGACUCCGUUUAAGGUGUUGGAGCACUGCAAUGACUGGCCCCCAUAUUUUGUUUGACUUCCACACGUUUGUAAUUUUAACAUUGUUGUGAACGCUGUGUGAAUAGUUCUGCCACAGCAGUGAUUCGGGAUAGAAUCCUCAAGUUUCAUAAUGGUGCCUUGUCUCGCAUUUAACGUCUCGUGUCAGUGGACGGUCCAAAGGCUAAGCUGAAAUGAUCACAUUAGUGCACUAAUAUAUUGUCAAGAAGGGAUGGAGUGCACUGCAAUGUUUGUGUGAUGUUCUGCUUCAAGAGCACACUUGUUACCAUUAAUUUCAGCAUAUACAUAUUCAAAUUCCAGCAUUUAUGUUUGAGCCUCCAUGCUGUAUCCUUGUCUUAUGCAAAUUACCCACACUUUGAAUCUUAUUAAUUUUCUUCUCCGGACAUUUUGUAAAAGCUUGUACAUUGGUUCCCGGGUUUCCAGUUUGUUAGCAUUCCACAUUAAAAUGAUGGGGCUCUAAGCUGACCAGAGAACCUUCUUUAAGGAGAGUCAAACACAAAUGUAAACAAGAUUCAUAAUGUCUCUUGUCCUAUUUGCCAUUUUUCCUUUGGAUGUUGGAAGGCUGGGAUGUCUGCACCGCUAAUUUUGGCUGUCGAUAAGGAUGAAGGGCAGAGCAGUGAGAACUUUGCUACUGUGUAUUAUGGCUAUCGAAUUUUGUAUCAAACUCAUUUUAAUGUAGAAUUGUUUUAAAAUAAAAUAUUG